CAGUUCAGUUUCAGUCUUUACAUGGUGCUCAUCGACUGCGCGUUGGACUCGAUUGAAUUCAUCUGACUUUGCCGCCUAUGAAACUUUGAAUAAAAACAGUUAAAUAAACACUUUGUCUCGUGUCGCGUACAUUUGGUGCGCCCGUAUGUUUAACAGAGUGUGAGCUGCUCCCUGGGUGUUAGCGUGUGUUUGUGUGCCUGUGUGUAUUGUGCUACUCCACACGGUCUCAGUGCGCCCUCAUUGUGCUCUCGUGCAAAUGAAAAUUUCAUUGAGCAGAAAGUAGCCGCAGAAAAGUGGAAAAUCCUAAAACAGCUAAAAAGCAAAAAUAAAUAAUUACAAAAAUCGCUGCAAGUGAAAUUAUUAAACAACAACUAAAUCAAUUGUGGAUGCACUGGAAAGCUGCCAAAGCAUUAAAAAGCAAACAAACUACGCCAAUUAAUCGUGGUCGCAGUUGCAGGUUCAAUAAACGCUGCACUGUUAAUUAAUAAUAACACAAAGAGGAAGCGAUUGCAUUUAGCUCUUUGGAAAAUGCAGUGCGGACUGGAACAGAUGAACGACUGCGAGCGCUCGCCGAACCGAACAAAUCUGCGCGUCAACUUCAACGAGAAGGGCUCCGAGGUCAAGGAGCGCCGCGAAAAGUUUCUCACAGCCAAAUAUGGCUCACAUCAGAUGAGCCUGAUCAGGAAGCGUCUGGCCGUCGAAAUGUGGCUAUACGAUGAGCUGCAGAAGCUCUUUGAUCCACCGAACGAGGCGAUCGAUGUGGAUAUUGAUGAAAUCUUAGACAUGGACACAGACGACAUAAGAAGAUCUCAUCUUAUUAGAUUACUCGCAGUGUGCAAACGCCCGCAAUCGGACAUAUCGAAGUUCAUCAGCGAUCUGCUGGAUCGCGCAAAAACGCUGUAAACUGCGCUGUUUCUUC